AGAUAACCGAUUUUCAUCAGAUCAGCGACGCUACCACGUGGAAGGAGGAUAAAAGGACAAUGUGAUGCUCUCUUCAAGAGUGCAAAAUUUUUCUGAUCGUGACGAUCUCGAUCACGAGUACGACCUUCACCUUGGAAGAUGAGUAUACUACAACUAAGCACGGUUUUGAAAAAUGUUGUACAACUUCUUCUUUAACCGCCUCUGCAAGCAGUGAAUUGCGUGCGCAGCACCAGCCGCCGCGAGCUCCUGCUUCCAGCUCCUGCCCGGACGAACACCCUUCACCACAAGAUGAACGCGGCAGAGUUCGAGCAGCGCCGCCUGAAAUUCUUCGAGAAUGUGGCGGCUGCCGGGCUGGACCCCAAGAACCUGCGCGUCGGCGGCGAGCGGUUGCAGAAGAAAAAAAAAGUUCGGAUGUCCAAACUCAAAAAGCUGAUCCAGCUAGAUCAGUACGAGGCCGCGGAAACCGAGCGGGAGCGGCUGCGGAAUCUGUAUUCUGUCCGCGACACACCAAUGUUCCGGCCCUUUUCAAUACACAGGGCAGAUGAACAAGAUACUUCCAGCAUUGCGGACGCCGAAGAUGCUCAUCCGGUGGAAAGUUCGAAUUGCAAUAAACUAGAAAGCCUGACACUAUUUCCUCCUGUUGGUCAGCUGCAGCAGACUCGAAGCGUCGACCCUUUCGCAUUCUCGUUUUCCAUUCGGGAGCUGCUCGAAGCCGACGCGGACGCGGCGGAACUGCUGCACAGCAGCGGGACGGAGGCAGAAGGCGACAGUGGCAGUGCAGCAGGAGAUAAAAAGACACAUCAUAAAGGCGAUCCUAGAGUUGAAGAGAACCCAGUGGAAACUGCUACUUCCGGGUCUCUACCGUCGAAAGCCCUUGGUGUAGCAGCAAGUCCAGUGGCGGAAAGAACUGCAACUGGGGCGGAAAAGGCGAAGCAAGGUCAGAAAGGGAGCCCAACACCAAACGGACUGGCCAUGCCAUCGGACCAAGAGUGGAGCGACGCGUUUCGAGCAGAGUGCCGCCUGCUUUUCGAAGAUAUCAAAGAGCACAGCGCAGUAGCUGGAGGACACCAAGACGUUGGCAACACCGAAAAAGAAAUAAAGCCGGGAAGUUUAUCCUCCAGUGCUGCUGACACUCACGAAGGGUCAUCUGCUGUUGCAGCAAGUCAACAAGGAGUUGUGGCUCAUCAAAGGAGGUACAAGACGCUCCAGCUCCCGUCCUGGGCGCUCCAACUCGGUGGACAGUCUCGACCUCUUGCGGGAUCGACAACCCCAGGGGACGAGACUUCAACUGUCACAGCUGCAUUGCCGCCGGAACAAACACCCCCUCCUCGCGAAUGGGAAUGGGUUCAAGAAGCUUACGCGGACAUGUUUCAUCUGCCAUUGCAAGAUCAAACUUCUAGCGGCAAUAGACCCACAGGCGGCAAGGGAAGUAAGGCUGCCGCGGCUUCUAGUGCAGGUACUUCGUCCAGCAGCAAAGCUCCUUCAACAAGUCAACCACCCCCAGCGACCAUUUGGAACCACCAGCCCUUUUUCGAAUACCGACUCCACCGUAACGACAAGAACUUCUAUACGACAGGGGAUAAACCACACCUCGAAGGCGGAAAUAACCUCCCGGGCAAAGGAAAUAAAUCGCACUUUGCAGCAUCCUCAUCCUCGUCCGCCCCGGCGCCACCAGCGACUUCUAAUUAUCACAGCAACAAUAUUCUCCGAAUCCGGCACUACGUGCACGCGCUGAUUUCCGAGGAUUUGAAUGAAAAGGUGAAAAACAUGUUGCUUCAGCUUAACAUGUACCAGGAGCGCGUGAAGGAGUCCAAUCCGAUGAAAUUUGCGAAGCAGAAACGGCUCGUGCUGGGGCUCCGCGAAAUUGCCCGUGCGUUGAAGCGCGAAAAACUGCUCGGCAUGAUCGUGGCGCCGGACCUGGAAUCCAGCGCCCGCGGGCUGGACCAAACGGUAGAGGACAUGAUGGAGCAGUGCCGCAGCCAGAACUUGCCGAUCGUGUUUGCGCUGACGCGGCGCAGCUUGGGCUUCACGCUGAAGAGACUGCGGGACAGCAACGGGGUUGCUGCGGUCGGGCUGCUCUCCGUGGAGGGUCAGAACCGCUAUCAAAUGCAAAAAUGCCUGGGUCUGGAAGAUUUGAACUUGUCAUGCUAAAUCUAAAUGAUGCAAAAUUCUGUGUUGCGUGAGUGCCAAAAGCUGUCGGCUUUUGACCAAGUUGCGAGGGAGUUUCUCAUGCAGGAAAGGCAUGAUAGAGACCUCAAAGAAUCUGUCAUGCUGGGUCUCGCAUUCCACACCUCAUGGGUCAUGGAAAACCUGCAUCACAAAUCUUGCAUUCUUCCCGACCCAGACAUUUUUACAUUUUAUAACCGCGAGUGGCGGGCGAUCUGCAAGCAGAGCGAGGAACUGCGCGCGGCCUGGGUCAUGCAGCAAAUGGGGGGUGGAGGGGGGAUCAUGUGAGAAUCAUGAUCAUCCAGAAAGAGGUGUUCCUGUUUUGGAUGGUUGUAAGAACACCCCGCGCACGAUCAUCUUGUUGUGUCUCAGCUCGUAAUAUCCCACCUGUACAGAGCUACGCCAGGUGCCUGAGUCUCUGCUCCAGGUUUCUGUUUAUACAAGAAAGACAAACUACAGUGCCCCCACAUGUGAAAGUGAAUGAGGCAAAGGCACUUUUGAAAUAAUUUGAAUUUCAAGCGACAGCAGCACGCGGAAAUAAAAGCGACGAGACAUCAACCCCGAAUCCUAAAUCCUAAACCCUCCGGUGUCGUUGAGGCUUCGGGUCUGCCCAACUUGGCUUUUGUUCCCCUUUUCCUUGAUGCGGU